AUGAACCAUACCAACCUUGAGUUUUCUCCUUUUCACGACACUCCUCAUUGGAAUAAAACCAAACAGUGUAAAGAUGAAAACUUUGCUGAAGAAGAUCUCAAUCAGGGUCAUUGUUAUGUUGCUAAUGGCUCACAUGUUAAUAUGCAUGGCCUCAGCAGAAGAGACCGAAAGCCUCGAGGUUCUUAUGCAAAGUACCUCACGAAAACCCGAGUUGACGUCAGAUUACAAGGACUAAGGGUUUGCAGCAUGAUCCAGUGUCCUCCAAUACACCACCUCCACAGUCACCUUGAUGGAUACAUUUUCAGCAACCCGGUUUUUGGAUACGAUGAAGAUGUGGAUUUGAAUUCAGAGUUUGGUGAUCUGAAGAAGAAUUUAACUAACAACAAUGUGGUUUUUAUGGCUAUAUGA